CUUCUAACUGUAUAGGGGAUCACCUGACUACUGCUAAUCCUUCAGUUUCAAGACCUUCCCCUCCAUCAGGCCUUAUAUUUAAUUAGAUUCUUGUCCUGGGUGAUCCAAGGAAUCCCAAAGGGUAAUUCCUAAAUUUACACAUGGAUUCCUUUCGACAAUUCAGGUAGUCAACAAUAUUUUCUACAUUUUCCCAUAAAGAGACGGUGAGACAAACAAGGGAAAUAGAAAGAUGGCGACCGCUGCUAUCUCAUCUCUCUUUGAUCUUGCUUACGCUUGCCAACCAAGAUAUCUCCAACUCAACAACUUCCCUUCUUGUCAGCUCAAUCUUGGACCUUCAAAGUCUCUCAGCUUCACCACAAAUCUCUCUCAUAGUUUCUUCUCCAAAGGUAUAACCUUUACCCAAAAAAAAACCGUAACCCGUAUCCAUCAACUCUCUCCUGGGUCUUUUUCUUUUUUAAAAAUCUUGACUGGAGGAUGUCUGUCCAUGACCACAUUUCAGAGGUCAUAUCAUUAUACUGUUGUUGGCAUGGCCAGAAGAUAUGCUCCCAAUUCUUCCCUGAGAAAGAAAUUGAGUAGAAAAAAGGGUGGUGAUAGAGGAAAGAAGAAUAAGAGGAGGAGGAAGAGAACCAAGAAGAGGAAGGGGAGGGAGGGGAAGAAGAAGAAGAAGAAGGAAUUCAAAGUUGUCAGGCUUGUCUCAGCUGCUGGGACAGGUGUUUUCUAUGCCAAGAAGAAGAGUAGGCAGAUUAAGGAAAAGCUUGAAUUUCGUAAAUAUGACCCUCACGUGCAGCAGCAUGUUCUGUUUGAAGAGGUGAAAUGAAUUGUCUGUGGAGGUCUCUUAGGUUAGAUCUGUCCUUCUCAAAAACUUACGAGGAUCAACACAAGUUCUGCUAAUUCUAGGUACUUCAGAAUUUAGACAAGCAAGAAUGGACAGGGUUACGCUUCAUGCCAUUUGUUUUGUACAGUCAUUUUUGUCCCUAUCAAGGCAAUUGCAUAUUGUCUUCAUGUAUAUAUUUAUAUGCUGUCUUGCAUAUUAAUAAUUUCUCAACUUUGUGUUUAACAUGAAAUGGAUUUUUGGAAAG